CUUUCCUUAUCACUGGAUGUAAGCUAGCAGAUGCUAAGCAUAUAUACCUGCAAUGACCGCUUCUUCGCGGUCGUGAAUAUAACCCAAGUCACCUCUAGAUCUAAGGCCCAAGGGCUUACACACUCAACAUUGCACAGCCAGAUCUCGCAGUCCUCCAUUCCCCGAAGAAACGAAAAAACCCGAUCGCAUUUCUCGCCUCAAGAUUACGCGUUGAUUGUCGCCUCACAUACUUCGCCACUUUCUCGUCAAUCGUCCUCCUUAGCUUCGACAGCCAGGCGUAGUACAUCCACUCUAUGAAACCUGUUGUGGGAUACCUGGGCACUCUUACAGCCAUCUGACAAUGCUUGCCUUAGUACAACUAUGCUGCUCCAUCAGGGAGGCUGCGCGCGCACCGAGCACAGAUAGGUCAAGCUACAGAGCCCCACCCAAAUACAGGGCUCGACGUUAGAAGGCCAGGUGGACCGGGCGAAGGUCAAGCAUCCACAUCCACGCGUAUCCUUAGUCUAAGGAUGUUUGCAUUCCCACUAGUAGGCCCAUCGGAUGGGACCGAUGAUCGUCGUUCAUGCCAUCCUCUUGACCUUUUCUUGGAUCUUUACAAGCAAACGCUGAUGUCCCCUUUUUCUUUCUACUUGGUCGCUCAUACCUGGGAAACCGCAUCUCCCCAGUUCACCACGGUCCCCGGAACAACAAGAAUGUUUUGCGAAAAAUCCCAGUAAGUUAAUAGAAACAGACAGGAACGUACUUCAACAUUGUUUCCCCCAAACUGUCACCCGCGUUCCUGUGAGGUCAGUGUCAGGCUACAGGGGACAGCCAGUGGACAGCCCCAACAUCCACAUCACCCGUCGCAAUAUGUCAAGGCUAGAUCCUGACUCUGCCAGCGAAGACCUCCCCUUCCCUCCCCUUCCUCUAUCAUCGCAUAUGUGCCUUGUUGGAAGACACCAGACGGGUAUCAGAUGUCGAGUUUGGCAGGCCGGCAACGGCGCCCGCCAUUACUGUGGGCCAGAGUCUGCCAGAGUAUGCCCUCGGUUGCCCCUUCCGUAAACCUUCAUUUCCACCGAGUUCCCCUUGAUGAAUUAAAAAAAAUUACACGUAUUCAACCUCCACACCUCCACAUGUGCGAACACACUGACUGAGAGUAAAAUGACUAGC